CUGGUCACCACCAAACACACACAGUGUGAGGUUCUCUCUCAUGAAACCUUUUCUUUUCAGGGUUUCAACAGAAAGGUUUCACAUUUGGAGAGGAAAAGCAAUGGAGAUCUGCUUGGCAUUGAACCUGAUGGAUCCCCAUUGAAGACCAGCUUGAAAUAGGAAAACUAUAAUGGAGAAGCGUUUGGGACAUGGGUAUGAACCAGGAGAUAUGGUCUGGGGAAAGGUUAAAUCCCACCCAUGGUGGCCGGGGCAGGUAUUUGAUGAAGCUUUUGCAUCACCUUCUGUGACUAAAACCAAGAAAGAGGGUUGUGUGUUGGUUGCUUUCUUUGGGGAUGAUUCUUUUGGAUGGUUUAAUCCUACAGAACUUGUUCCAUUUGAUUCUAACUUUGUCAAGAAAUCAAAGCAAACGAAUGCUAAAACUUUUCUGGAUGCUGUUGAAGACGCAAAAUAUGAGAUUUGUAGAAGGGCUGCACUUGGCCUGUCUUGCUAUUGUCAAAAUCCUUCAAGUUUUCAAGCUACUGGUGUUCAAGGGUGCUUUGCAGUUGAUGUGGAGGGAUAUCAGCCUGGAGCAAUUUAUUCAAGAAGGCAGAUUGAAAUAGCUAGAAAUGGGUUUCGCCCAAUCAGGCUACUUUGCUUUCUACAACUGUUGGCAUUAAUUCCAUGUGGUAAUCCUCAGAAUGGUGUUGAUUGGAUAAGGAAUGUUGCUGUAGUUCUUGCUUACAGGAAGGCUGUGUUUAAGAAGUUUGAUGUGACACCGGAUCAUGCAUUUGCUGUAGGUGCACAACACACUGAAAGUUCAGUUGAGAUUUUGGAUCUGCAAAAAAAGAUGCCUUUCCAAGCUUCACCAACUGCCCCUCCCGAAGUGCCAGCAUCAAUCAAAAUAACCAAAAACUCUAAGUGGGACGCCUCAGGACUUCAUUGUUGUCAAGAGAAACAAAGUUUCUUGAGUCCAUCAAUGUACGAGAAGGAAUCUGCAUUGGCAACAGUAGAUCAUAUUGUAGAGACAGGAGCUCUAGCUGGUUCUGUGACUCUUAAGGCCCCUUGCUUGCAGGAUGAUAAUGAUACUUUUUAUGACUUCAGUAUGUCUUGUAUUCCAGGUCAUGUUGCCAAAGAAGCCCCAUCUGGAAACAGAAAACAAGAGCUUGAAACGACUAGUGGAGCUAAUUGUGGUCAUCUAGAUAACUUGGAAACUGUUAGCAAUACUUUGUCACUUCCAGGUGUUGUUUCUGAUGGAAAAGUCUUUGCCAACAGUGAGAGUAGAGAUGAGAAAUUUGAAGAAUUGGUUCCUGAGAAAGUCAGCAUAGGUGAUAAAAGGAAAGCGCAGCAAGAAAAUGAGUCGGAAACAGGGCCUGAAAAUGCACAUAAACACCUCAGAAGCACACUAGAAGAAGCAUCACCAUUCACCAGGAAGCAAAAGUGGAAAAACUUGCUAAACAGUUUCCAUUUUCCGGUAGGAUUCAUUUCUAGACGAACUGGGGAGAGAUAAUGAAGUCCACCUCACUUUUUUACUGACUAACUCACCUUUAAAAGAUGUGUUGUAAAUAUAGUACUAGGAUAUCAACUUGCUUCAUGUUUUAAUAUCAUCCUUUGUGGCCACUUGUUAUCUCUCACGGAGCAGCUAAUGAGUUAUUUUCGACUCAUUUGGGUUAGCUUAGGUUGUAAUGAGUGAUUUGCCAUUAGAAUGCAGACAAAGCUGUUUAGUUUGAAAUAAUUCUAACGUAGUAUCCAUACUCCAGGCAGGGUGUUCCG